AUGAAAGAUGUGCAAAGUGUUAAAUCGAUUUUAGAGUUCACACAAGCUCAAGUCGAGGAGCUAAUAGCCUCUGACCUCAGAGUAAAGAAAGUCAAAGUACAAAUUGAGGACCUAGGAAACAAGUUAUAUGACCUCGAAAAUCGAUUAAGGCGAAAUGAUUUAUGCUUUGAGGGAAUUCCUGAGUCACCAAACGAACCUUUGCAGGAAUCGGAAAACAAAAUCAAACACCUAAUCUCAAGUCACAUGCCUGAAGUCGGUACCGAGUUUGUCAUAGGGAAGGCUCAUCGUGUUGGUAGACCUCGCUCUGACUCCAGGCCUCGCAAAAUUGUCGCCCGGUUUCUCAAUUACAAGGAUCGUGAGGCAGUUUUCAAAACCAAGAAGAAGCUGCACGGAACAAAUAUGUUCGUAAACGAGGAUUAUUCCGACCGCGUUGUUAAGAAGCGGACAGAACUAAUGCCCAAGUUAAAGGAAGCAAGACGCAAGAACCAAACAGCAUUCCUGAGGUUUGACAAAUCAGUUAUUUAUUAUAACCUGGUAAAUUCUAGAUCUACAAAUGAUGAGAACGCAUCAGGAGAAUCUAGUAACGCCGAUUAAUAUGACUUGUUAUCUCUGCAACGGAAAACAAAAUCAAACACCUAAACUUCAGGAAACCUUGGCUUACAAAGAGCUUACUUAGGUCAAUCAAUAAGAAAAAUAAGCUAUACAAGCCAUACUUUCGUCAUCGAUCGAAUGAAAAACUUCUUAAAUACAAAACGUAUAAAAACAAACUAACUAAUCUUUUUAGAGUUGCCAAGAGGCUCUAUUUUCAAAAUCAAAUUGAAAUAAAUAAGACUAACAUCAAGAAGACGUGGAGGAUUUUGAAUAAUGCAAUAGGCCAAAAUAAAAAGAAGAAAUUGACAUACCCAUUAGUAUACGAAAAUGGUGAAAGUAUUACCAGCACAGAAAAAGCCGCCAACAAAUUCUGUAAAUAUUUUACAAACAUCGGUCCAAAUUUGGCCGGUAAAAUAGCCCCUGCCUCCAAGUCGUUCCAGGAUUUUAUAAACAGUGUGCCCUCAGACUCGCUCUCAAGCUUCACUCAUGUAACUGCCGAAGAACUCAAAACAAUAACAAAAGGUUUUAAGGACGGUAAGGCCCCCGGAGCUGACAACAUUCCGAUUUCUAUUAUCAAAACAACACUGGACCUUAUUUCAGAUCCGCUGCUAUCAGUUAUGAACCUAUCUUUGUCAUCAGGCGUUUUUCCAGAUAGACUGAAAAUAUCUAAAAUUAUUCCUAUCUUUAAAUCUGAUAACGCUAGCUUAGCACAAAACCACCGACCAAUUUCUAUACUUCCUGCCUUUUCUAAAAUUUUCGAAAGAGCUGUUUAUAAUCGCAUAUUUCAAUUCUUAGUCGAUAAUGACAUAUCAUUUAAACAUCAAUUCGGUUUUCGUCCCGGCCACUCUACUUCCCACUCCUUGAUUAAUUUUGUGAACAAAGUUGCUAACGCCGUUGAAUGCCAAAAAUAUUUAGCCGGAAUAUUUCUUGACUUAUCAAAAGCCUUUGAUACCCUAGAUCACGCAAUACUAGUAUCAAAAUUGGAAGCAUGUGGCAUCAUUGGGACAGCCCAUCAAUGGAUAACUGACUAUUUUCGUAAUAGAAUGCAAUACGUCCAAAGUGACGAUUCUAAAUCCGAUGCUUUAAGACACAUUUGUGGCGUACCGCAAGGCCCCCUCUUUUUUAUUAUUGAUGUCAAUGAUCUCCCGGCCUGCUCUAGCUCUAGUGAACUCGAAUUUAUUUUAUUUGCUGAAGACACCAGUAUAUUUUUUUGAACAUAGUGACCUGGUUGUACUUACCUCCCAUCUUAACGACCAGCUCGACAAUGUUUCAACUUGACUAAAAGCCAAUGAGUUAUCCAUCAACGUUAAGAAAACAAAACUAAUGAUUUUCAGACCAAGGCAAAAAACGUUACCUAUCACAAGGCAGAUUAUUAUAGAAAAUAAUGUACUUGAACAAGUAGAUCAUACUAAGUUCCUCGGAGUUUGAUCAGCACCUUACGUGAAAAACUCAUAUUAAUUUUAUUGCGGCUAAGAUUUCUAAAUCUGUCGGGUUACUUUAUAAAGCUACAUACUAUUUGCCCUCAAAAUCUCUUCUUACACUAUACUAUGAGCUUAUUUAUCCAUAUCUUACUUACUGCAAUUUCAUUUGGGCCUCUAUUUAUGUCACCAACCUGCAACGAAUUUACCUACUACAGAAAAGAGCAGCCCGGGCGAUCUCUAAGGCUGACUACAAGGCUUCAAGUAAACCUCUUUCUUCAAAUUUGAAAAUUCUUGAUUUUUUAGUUUCUACUCGCUCCAAGUAAGUUCUUUCAUGUAGCUAUAUCAUAAUGCCGCUUUACCUAUUGCUUUUACUCAAAUCUUUCAAACUGGAAAUCAGAUUCAUCAAUAUUCAACAAGAUACUCUGACUUUUACCGACCUCAUACUUGUAGAAAAAAUAUUUAAAAAAAUUUUCGAUCCUGUUUCAAGGUCCUAGAAUAUGGAAUUCAUUACCGAACAACAUCAAAAACACCCUGACUUUUAAUAUAUUCAAGCGUGUGAUCAAACCAUUUUUAAGGGUCAGACAAGAUACAACCUAAAUACCUCAACACCUUAUAUCCAUAUUUUUCUCCAAACACACUUAUAUACUUAAAAUACACUUCUUUUUCUUUACUUUUAAAUGCUGCCUAGUAUUUAAAUUGCCCGUGGGGGGGAAAUCUCUAUUCCUCAUAAGUUCGGCUUUUCGGAGAUUUCCCCGCCACAGUCACCCUUCCAAGUUGCCUGCUCGUUUUAAAUUUAAUAUUAAUUAACGUAUUUAUUAUGUUUCUUAUUCUAACUGUAAUUUAUUCUGUGUGGCAAAAUAAUAAAAACAAUAAAAAUUGAUUCAACGCCUGAUGGCAAAGUCAUCAUUUGUAGGAACUAUAAUCGUAUUAAGGGGUGCAGUCUUAAAGAUUGUAGUUUUGUGCACGCUUGCAACCUUAAGAUAAAUAGGAAGGCAUUUGUGCAAUAAGUCACGCACCUUGUAUAAUCACCAUGGCAACUCUAGGAGUCGCAUUUGUCCUUCUACCCCCCAAGGUAGCAUGGGUCCCAAUGACUAAACAUAGCUUCACCCCUCACCUUCAAUCUUUGUCUCCCCAGCCUUUUUGUUUCUCAUUUUACCAGAUCUGCACUUAUCCUAUGUUUUAAAAGAAACUCUGUUCUAUCCAUCACUCCCUGGGUCUGACAGCCUCAGAUUAUGCCUGCCACUCUUUCCGUCGAGCUGGGGCCUUCCUUUGCCUUUUAAUCAGGGAUUCCGGUGGAAAUUAUCAAGAUACUGGAUGACUAGCAUUGGGACGCUGUUCUCCUUUAUCUUUCGGUUGCACUUACUAUCAGACUUCAAUCAGUUAAUCUCUUCUCUAAAGGUAUUAUUUCACACCGCACCACUUUACUUCACUUUGGGUUUUGAGUGUUAGUUUUCCUUUUUCUUUUGAUAGAGGUUGUCCUAGUGACAAUCAUGCGUGUUGGCUGUAUGGUUUAGGGAAAGCAUCAACCCUUGGUUGAUGCUUAUCUAAAUCAUUAACUAGGAUUAGAGACUCAGGCAUACUUGCAAGCUUAAAUUUUUAGAUCCAGUAUUAGUUUUCACAUCUAUCAUUGCCUCUAGGGCCAGUGAUAAGUUUUUACAAAUAUUAAGUAAAAUUACUCGAGGCUAGUAAAUUGUAAAUCUAAAGCAUGAGUGUAAAAGAACUAUUUGUAGUCAUAUAUAUUUUGAUUGGUAGAAAAAUUCAAGGACGCUUGCCCUAUGCGCUCAAGGUAUCGUCCCCUCCCACUCACCCGGAUCUAUUUUGUUAUGUUUUAUGACAGCCCUUCUAUUUUUGUUUAAUAGUCCAUUGUAGCAUAUUGUCGAGUUUUAAAUUUGAAGUGUUGGUUUUCCUUUUUGUUUUCGUCCAGGUUAUGAAUAGACACAAACAGCGAAAGGGAGACCAGAUACCAUUCACGCGAUUUCCAGAACGCCUAAAAAUUGCUUUAGUUUUGGCAUGUAAACGACAAUGUGUUGUGGACUGUACUACUACGUCUGCGCGGCAGGGAGUGUUGGUCUUCCAAACAAGCAACAAGUAAGGGCCCAACGGGUAUUAACAUAUUAUGGUUGUUUGUGUAGCAACGAAAUGUUAGCCUAGUUGUAUUGAAUUUGACUCAGGCGUCUUCAUUGGAAAAAUACAUUAUUUCUUUUUUUCUGCUGCCAAGUCAUUUAAAAGUGUACACAUAUGUUAGGUAGUCAGCUUCCUUUUUAAAAAUACCAUGCUGUAUAAAAUUUAUAUGGCUAAGGGCCUUAACUCGUAAUUAUAGAGACGAUUUACCCCAACAAAUAGGAAAAAAACAUUUUUAAAGACGCUUUCUGGCUGACGUGCAAUCCAGGCUUAAAUUGCACAAUCGUAUCCUUACAUUGCUUAUUUAUUACUUGGAUUUUUAUUUCAGUUGUAUAUUGGUACGUGUGUGCGCGCGCAAUUUAAUUUUGAGUGCGUGCAUUAUUUAUUUAUUUAUUUAAGUUUCGUGUACAUGUAGUUCGUUUAAUAACGUCUUAGUUUUGCUUUGCGUUAUUUUCCUCACUUAUAUGUGUUGUCCGCGACUGUGCUCACACGGUGGGUGGCUCCUCCUAAAUGUUCUGCAGUUGGUAUAGGAUUUAAUGGAGCCUAAACCAAUUGUUGAAUUGCACGCAUUUUAGGCAUCCUACUGAUGAACAGUUGGGACACGUAGAUAUAUUUUUUAGCAACUACUAUAAUUUGCAGUCUGUCUACUUUGAAUCGCUCUAGAACACCUUAGCUUAAGCUCCCUAUAAUAAGAAAUUGACUUCUACCUUGUCUGUAACACAAAACUCAGUGAAGGGUUUGUUUGGGUGGAGAUAGGGGAAGACUUGAGGUUCAAAACUAGACGAUGGCGAGCUAGCAGAACCAGGCCUGGAGAAACUAUUUUAAUUUUUAAUGUGCAUAUGCGCAUUAAGCAUAUUUUGAAGCAAUUUAUUUGCAAAAAUAUUAUAAUCCGUCUAUGAUGAAUGACUUCAUGCUUUUUCAUCCGAUAUCAUAUAUCCUUGAUCAAAUGCUGCCGACCAAAAAAUUCACAGAUGAAAGGAAAAUCACCACUAACGGGAAAGAACCCUUGAACAAAGGCCGCCCUUAAGGUGAUUCCCUGGUAAAAGAACCUUACAUAGAUUGUAGAUGAAACUUGGUACACUGAUGUAACAAGUCAAGAAGAUGAUAAAAAGGUAAUAAAAAGUGGGGGUCACCGUGCUCGUUUUGACGUCACAAUGCCGACAAAUACGACUAUUUUGGACCCUUUGACAAAAACCGUGCGCAGCCCAAAACUAGACAAAAAGGAAAGAUUUUAUCAAUGAUGCAUGUGGUAUCUCACAGAAUUUGACUUUAAUGUAUUGUUUAUCUACUUACGUACUAGAAAAAUGCCUUUUAAUGCGCUUGUUUUUACUUUACGCUCCAAAGUAGAAUUAAAUUGGACACGCGCUAUUCGACACGUGAUAGCUCAAUCCGUACAAUUUAGUAAAAUUGUCAAAAAACUGAACAUAGAUUUGUGCCAAUUUUUUUCUCACCGAAAGGAAGCACUAGCCUUAUUAAAAUCACGAAAUAAAAACUGGGGGUCACCGUACUCGUUUUUGCGGUAGAGCUGCUGAAAGUGCGCACCAAAUGCAUUUUUCCUCCAUUUUUGAGAGAGGACUGGGGCGAGUUUCAAAAAAGAAUGUAUGCGAAAGGGGGAAGAAAGUAUUAAAAAAUCCGUUUUUACGGAAUUUACAUUGAGAUAUCACAUUUAGGACACAAUGUGAUAAAGAAAGCGUUUAAAUGAAAAUCAAAGUGAAUAAGCACAGAUUAAACAUCCGCUAUCGAGGUUCUCCGUGAGGAAGUCAAACUCAGCAACACGCGUUCUGCUUACGUUAUGCACAUUCCCACCACAUUGAGUCUCGCCUCGGCAAGAAACAACCGCAAGCAAAAAUUGCAAUAGCGUUUCUCUUCGGUCAACUUCAUUUUAAUAUUACUUCACAUGCUUUUUUACGGAGGCCAUCUUGUUAUGCGCAGUAAGAGAUGCGCAGUGCAAAACCAGGGAAUCACCUUCAGAAAAACUCGCAAUUAUAGAGAAGAUCUACCCCAACAAAUAAGAAAAAAACAUUUUUAAAGACGCCUUCUGGCUGACGUGCAUCGCUCUUGAACACCUUGGCUUAAGCAACACGCAAGACUAAUCCAAGGUUAUAGAGACUUCAUUGACAAUGCCCUUUUUUGGACCCGCUCCAGCUCAUAUCGAUAUUGGGAUGUGAAAUUAAAGAGAGAGAUACAUGGAUCUCUAGACGACCUACUUGUAUCAGUUGAUGAAGAGGAUAUUCCACUAUCUUUUAACUCUUGAUAUUUUCACUUAAAACUGCUAACACCUCAUACAAUUUCUUGAAGAGAACAAUGAGAAACACUCAAUUACACGAAACACAAACGCACAUUGAAAAUCAUGCAUUGCGGGCGCAACCUAUAGAUUAGUCAAGUAUCUCCAAGCCUGAGAUAACUAACGAACCGGUAGUAACUGUAACCAUAUAUUGCAAACAUUGGUUGCAGUGUUUCUCAGGGUGUGUUCCUUGGGGAAAUGAAUCCAAAAACGGUUUUGUGUUUCUUUGCUAAAAUUUUUGUUUUGAAACAUUCAGCUAAAGAAUCUAAAGUCAGGAGCCGACUAAGCUUAAAUUUAUUAUCGUCUCUUUUCUUUGGCACUGAUGUGGAAAACAUUCAUCUGGGAUGUGGAAAUCCUGGAAAAAUAUAUACCCGCCUUCUCUUCCAAUCCUAUACUUUUACUCCCUAACUGAUAUCGCCCUAAAUAAUCUACUUCUGUAAUUUCAGUUUCUCUCAACGGUUUGCAAUAUGGGACAUUUGAGGUAAGGCUGAGUCUGUACCGCACACUAUGUGCGUUAUUUGAAUAUAAAAUAUUGCAAUUAAAUUCCUUACUGAGAUAACAAAGACAUAAAAGCAAAGAAAAGCAUUAAUCGAAGAAAGCAGGACUGAUUUUACCAUCUGAGUCCUUUAAUACAUUAAAGCAGACGGAUUCAUGGAUUGAUAGUGUAGAUAGUGAUGAUGGUGCCUUCACUUUACACUACUCUAGCAUUAACUCCAAUGCAAAUGCCAAGAACAACAAAAAAUUCAAAUAAAUAAGGAGCACUUCAACGAGUUCAACUUACAAGAACCUUAACCGCGUCAGAUCUGAGAACGAUCCUUUUUCCAGUUUCUGGAUUUUGUUGUCUUGAAGAUAUCUGCAUAAUAAAAGAAACAAAAGAAUUGGGUAGACAAAAGCGCUAAAAACUCCUAUCAGGAUAACACCACUCUUAAUAAGAAAAUAUGGCCCAAAAUGCAAUUCAAGAUUUUGAAAGGAGAUUUUUCCCACAAAAAAUUGUUCGUUUUCUUAAGUACUUUUUUUUGCCGUUCAAAAGAGGCCUAUAGAGAAUGACAGAUUGAAACUUCCCGUAUUUGCCAUUUUCAGCGGCGUGAAAGGCUCUCUGGGCGAUGACGUAAUAGGGUUGCUCGCCCUAGCUGCCUGGACGCAAUUCUGGUGUUUUUGUUAAAAACAACAAGCAUCGCGUUGUGACCUGCAGAAGCGAUCGUCAUGUCUAUUCAGCCUUAUCAGCUUCAAACUGAAUACCCUUCCAGUGAAAAAGCUGAGGAAGACUCGCAGGAUUGA